AUGUACAAUCCUUCUCAGGAUGUGACACACACAAUGGAGAUUCCCGAAAUAACAGGCAAGCUGCAUGUUACUCCAAAGAUGAAAAGGAGUUAUAGCCAAAAGAGUGAAGGCUGCUCCAGACAGCUAUAUCGAGAAUCAGCGCCGAACGCGCAGUCCGGCUGGCCGAGGAACGAAUGUUCCGCGCUCGGCCAAAACCGUAUCCGUCCGACUGAAGUCUCGGCCAAAGUAACCGUUCGGCCGAUCACGCAACACGACCCGGGAAACAUUGUCCCGCGGUCGGCCAAGUCUUAA